GGGCGAACAAUCCAGAGACCGGUCUCCUUUCCAUCAUUGAUGGAGCUGUGGGUCCUACAGAAAAGUCAACAAGAAAGUCCCGGUAGCUUUCCUAACCCUCUCCACAUCUCCCAGAAGUUGGAUUGAUUCACAGUGAAGUGUCAUCAACGGCCGACGCCACCGCCAUCUCCACCACGGCGCCGCCACCUGUCCUUUUCCAUUUUACUACUUUCACCUCUCCUUGGAAACCUUCUUUUUCUGGACUCUGCUUUUUUCAUGGCGAAAAGCUGAUGUUCAAUCUGGCCUCUGCUUUUUUCCAGUUUACUCCGCUCUGGUUUGCUUCGAUGUUUCCAUUUUCCGUUUCAAUCCAAAAAGCUUGAUCGGAAUCACAGAUCGGAACACCUCACUGAUUUGCUGAAGCUUUCGGUUCUGUAAGUCGUCUGGUUUGAAUUUCUGAACAUUUUUCCAUGGAUUUCUACCAGCAACAGCACCAACAAAUUCCGCCGAUGGCGUCCGGCUUGACGCGAUUCCGAUCCGCGCCGAGCUCUUACUUCGCAAGUAUUCUUAACACCGCCGAUACUCUCGGCGGCGGCGGAUUUGGCGCCGACGAUUUCGCGACGGUUUUUAACCCUAGGGCGUCGAGUCCUGAGGCGCACCGAAUCUUCGCUAGGUUUAUGAACAGCACCGUCUCGAUCGAGGAAACCUCCUCGCAGCUGAAUCCGUCGUCAUCGCCGCCGCGGAAGAAACAGGCUUCCGCCGAGAAACCGCCGCGUCGGCCACAGAACAUCGAUUAUUCCUCCCCUGCAAUUCAUCAGCCUCUCACCUCCGCCGCGGAAAGUUCCUACAAUAGAUUACCAGUCUCAAUCAAAUCGGAAAGCGUCGCCGCCAGCAGCGGAGGAAACCAUGGCCUCGUCCGCCAUAGCAGCUUACCUGCAGGACUCUUCGACACCAUCAACAUCGAAAUCAGCACAGGACAUCCCGGCGAAGAUCGCACCGAUAGCAAUUACAUCCCCGAUUUUCCAAUGAGUCCAUGGGACGAAUCGACUAUCCUGUCCGACGACUUCAUCAAAGGGCUAACCGAGGGCGAUGCAGAAACCUCUGUGAUAUCUUCGGAAGAUCAGAAAACCGAAUUCGGAAAACCACCUCCAAUUCCAUUGUCUCAUCACUUGAGUUUACCUAAAUCUGCUUUGGAAAAAUUGGUGCAAGAUUCGGUGCCCUGUAAACUUCGGGCCAAGAGGGGUUGCGCGACUCACCCUCGUAGCAUUGCUGAAAGGGUAAGAAGAAACAAGAUCAGCGAUCGCACGAGGAAGCUGCAAGAACUUGUGCCGAAUAUGGACAGGCAAACAAGCACGGCGGAUAUGUUGGAUUUGGCUGUGGAUUACAUUAAGGAUCUUCAGAAACAAGUGCAGACGUUGUCUGAUAACCGCGCCAAGUGCAUUUGCCCGGUGGCGAGAAUGAAACCGUAGAGAUCUUAAUGAUUAAGGUAAGAAUGUAUGGAGGGAGUGUUGUGUCUCCGAGCUCGGUUCGGUUCGGUUCGAUUCGUUUCGAUUCGAUUAUAUUUGUGUUUUCCAUUAAAGAAGAUGUUCUUAGCUGCUGAACUAACUCUUACCUAUGUAUAUAUGUAUGUAUGUAUUUAUGCAUGUAAGUGAGUUAAUGUUUGUGGUUGUGCGGGUGUAAUGUUUCAUCAAAUAAAAUAUUUUAAUAUUAUUUAAUUU